AUGGCUGGCGGAAAAGGCAAAUCGUCGGGGGGCAAGAGCUCUGGCGGCAAGACGUCCGUGGACGGCCCCAAGAAGCAGCAGAGCCAUUCGGCGCGUGCCGGCCUGCAAUUCCCCUGCGGUCGUGUCAAGCGCUUCCUCAAGCAGAACACGCAGAACAAGAUGCGCGUUGGUGCCAAGGCUGCCGUCUAUGUCACCGCUGUGCUCGAAUACCUCACCGCCGAAGUGCUCGAGCUGGCAGGUAACGCCGCAAAGGACCUCAAGGUCAAGCGCAUCACGCCGCGGCAUCUGCAGCUGGCCAUCCGUGGAGACGAAGAGCUCGAUACAUUGAUUCGUGCAACGAUCGCAUUUGGUGGCGUCCUGCCGCACAUCAACCGGGCAUUGCUGCUGAAGGUGGAGCAGAAGAAGAAGAGCAAGGCCAUCGAGGUAUGA